GCGCGCCUCUGUGACCAGCGUGUUAGCAGCACUGUUGAGCUACACUAUUUUUAUUUUUUUAUUCAAAUAAAAUACACAAAACUGCUUGCGUUCGACGGGCACCUUCCAAAACAGCAGCUCUGAUUCUGCUGGCGGUCGUUACUUAUUUGUGUUUAAACGCACAUAUGCAAGCUAAAUAGAUAUUUUAACCAGGGGCUAAGUUUGUUUGUUGUUGUGAGCUAGCCGGCUAAUGUCAGCAGCUCGCAGGACUGAAGUCCACUGGGGUGGAUAGAUAGCUUCCUACUGUAAAUGUGGAUAUUUCAUGCAAGGAAGAAGAGGAUUCAACGAGCGUAAAAAGGGUAGGUGCCACUGAUCUAGUCGACAGCCCACAAUGGAGAGACCCCCUUUCCGGCAGAGCCAGGUCUGUGGACCCUGGGAGAUGAAGGAGAAGCUGGGAACCGGUGGAUUCGGUCAUGUCUACCUCUACGUCCACUCGGAAACAUCUGAGAAAAUAGCAGUUAAGCUAUGUCGUCUGGAGCUGACCCCAAAGAACAGGGACCGAUGGAGCCGAGAAAUCCAGAUCAUGAAAAAGUUAAAUCACCUCAAUGUAGUAACAGCACGGGAUGUGCCAGAGGAACUGAAACAGAUUGCGCUGAAUGACCUCCCUCUUCUAGCAAUGGAAUACUGUUCUCGAGGAGACCUGCGAAAGUUGUUGAGCAAGCCAGAGAACUGUUGUGGAUUGAAGGAGAGCGAAGUGCUGUCCUUACUCAGUGAUGUUGGGUCAGGAAUUCAGUAUUUGCAUGAGAACAAAAUUAUCCAUCGAGAUCUGAAACCUGAGAACAUAGUGUUACAAGAGGUCAAUGGCAAGUUGGUUCACAAAAUAAUAGACUUAGGGUAUGCUAAAGAUCUCGACCAGGGGAGCCUUUGCACUUCCUUUGUAGGAACAUUACAGUACCUGGCCCCUGAGCUGUUUGAGAACAAGCCUUACACAGUGACUGUAGAUUACUGGAGCUUUGGCACCAUGAUAUUUGAAUGCAUCUGUGGCUUUCGUCCUUUUCUGCACAAUCUGCAGCCUGUACAAUGGACCAGUAAAGUGCGGAACAAAGGUCCAAAGGACAUCAUGGCCUUGGAAGAUUUGAAUGGUGAAGUCAAAUUCUCCACACACUUGCCAUACCCCAACAACCUCAGCAGGCCGCUGCUAGAGCCCAUGGAGACUCUUCUUCAGCUCAUGUUGAGGUGGGACCCGGUUCAGCGAGGCGGGGGUGUCAACCCAGAAACUAAGCAACCUAUGUGCUUUGCUAUUUUGGACGAGAUACUGAGCAUGAAGGUAGUGCACAUAUUAAACAUGACUACGGCCCACAUCCACUCCUUCCAGUUGGCCCCGGAUGAGGGCCUUCAUAUCCUUCAGCAGCGUAUUGAGGCAGAGACAAAGAUCGAGCUGCUGAAUCAGGAACUGCUGCAGGAGACCGGUGUCUCAUUGGAUCCCAGGAAGCCUGCAGCUCAGUGCGUCCUAGAUGGAGUGCGAGGUUGGGACAGCUACAUCGUCUAUUUGUUUGACAAAAGCCUGACAAAAUAUUCAGGACCUUUUAGCGCCCGGCCACUUCCAGAUAAUGUCAAUUACAUUGUGCGGGAGACCAAGACGCAGCUGGCCCUCACUGUUCUGAAGAAGGUGUGGGGGGAAGCAGUGAGCUACAUCUGUGGCCUAAAGGAAGACUACAGUCGACUCUUCCAGGGUCAGAGAGCAGCAAUGUUGAGUCUUCUCCGUUACAACACAAAUCUUACAAGGUACAAGAACAUGAUGUUUGCAGUUUCUCAGCAGCUGAAAGCCAAACUUGACUUCUUCAAAAGCAGCAUCCAGUUUGACCUGGAAAAGUACAGCGAUCAAAUGCAUUAUGGAAUAUCUUCUGAAAAGAUGCUGAAGGCAUGGCAAGAGAAUGAGGAGAAAGCAGCAGCUUUUUCACAGGUAGCAGAAGUAAACCACCUGGAAGAAGAAAUUAUGGCUCUGCACUCAGAAAUUGUUGAACUGCAGAGAAGCCCAUAUGCACGUCGUCAGGGAGAUGUCAUGGAGCAGCUUGAAGAAAAAGCAAUAGAACUUUACAAGCAGCUGAAGAUGAGAUGCAGAAUGCCUGACCCACAACAUGGUUACAGUGACAGCUCGGAAAUGGUGAAAGCCAUCCUGCAGACGGUACAGAACCAGGACAGAGUUCUGAGGGAUCUAUAUGCACACUUAAGUAAAAUCUUGCACAGCAAGCAGAAGAUCAUUGACCUGUUCCCGAGGAUUGAGAAGACCCUGGAGAACAUCAAAGAGGCUGACACCACUGUGAUGCAGAUGCAGAUAAAAAGACAGAGAGAAUUUUGGCAUUUACUGAAAAUUGCUUGUGCUCAGAACUGUACUCGGAACUCCGAAGUGUCAAACUCGCCACAUGUCUCGGGAUGGAGUCGACAGCUACAGCCCCCCAGUACUCCACAUCUGCUCUCAUCCCUACCUGGACCAAAUGACAGUGAUGCAGUAUCUCAUUUACUUGAAGAGAACCAGAAGUACCUGAGUCAACUGACAAGUUUAUUACAGGAAACAAGUGAGGAGCAAUCAAAGAGCAUGGUGGACCAGGAUUGGAGCUGGACUAAAUAUGAAUCUUUGUCUGUGAAAAUGUAACACUUACAAAUAUUUCUACAUACAGUAGACUGGUGGUAUCUUGGACUGUCUGGUAACACUAAAAUACUUUGCAUUGAAAAUCGGUUACCAACAUUUAAUUAAAGCUUUGUUGGACUUUAUUUAUUUCUAUGACAAUGUUUUUUUGCAGUGAUUUAAAUAGGGUCUUAGUCUUUUUUGUAGCUUCCCAUACAUUGAUAUAGAACUGACUUAAGUCUUAUGCAUUUCUCCUGAAACAUGUUUUUUAUGUGGAUGAAUAACGUUCAAUGAAGGAUGAUAGUGAUAUGGAUGUUUUUUUUUUUUUUUUCCCCAUCAGUUUUUGUGUCAUUGUCCCCAAGUGUCUUCAAGUAUUGUCAAGUGCACUUUAAUGGGUUGGAGUAAACUUUGGGGGUUUCCUCUCUGGGAGAUUUGGACUUUGAGGAGAUUGAAAGUGUUUCCAUUUACCCAGUUUCCCUUAAAUAAAUGCAGUUAUAUUGCACUGCACUUGUACAAAUAGCUUUCUAUGUUUUGUCCACAGUUGUAUGCAGAAGAUUGAAAUAAGGUGUUUGACAUUUUGAAGGCAUGGCUUCAUGUCUUGCUCAUGUUCUGAGUUUGCUUAUAUUCCCCAUGUCUCUGGAAUGGUUUUCAUACAGAAAUGGCUAAAAGCAAUAAGCACUUAAGUACAUAAAAUUAAUUAGCCUCCAUUAAUUAGUUUUUUUUUAAUUUUUUUUUUAUAUUUCUUACCUUGACCCGGCUUUGUCAGUCUACCUUUGACCCUCUGAAUGAAGGUUUUUUUUGUGUGUCCUUCAUUAAUUUUUAACUUUGUCGUUACCCACUGAUUUGGAAAGCGACAGUAUGCAUCUUUUGGGUUUAAAGUACUGCAGUGUUUAAUGUUUCUGGCAUUCUUUUGUCUCACUGUACACCCUUGCUCCAAACAGCCAUACUUACCUGGACAGUAUCAGUAUCUUUUUUUUUUAUCCCACCAAGUGCAAUGUAUGGCAUUUAUAAUAAAGAGUAUGACCUUAUGAGUUAAUGUUGGUAUA